AUGCGUGUGCUUUGGUAUCAUCUCCAUACAAUCUCGUUGUUACGAUUAAGGAACAUGACAAUUCGGCUAAAGAGCACGCAUAAUGCUUAUGGCCUGAUGUGCAUGUCCAUACCGGUAUAUAAAUGUGUCGCCGCCAGUGAGAAAGACAUGCAGUUCCAGCUGAAUUGUGUACAGCAACUAACUAGAGCAACAAUGAAUUCGUUUGCGCUUUCGAUUGUCGUACUGGCGGUGGGAGCCAUCUCCCUGUCCGCUGGACUACAGCACUACGUGGUGGAGAAAAGCUUCAACCAGGCGCAGAAGGAGUGUGCCGAGUAUCAGGGUGUAGCACAUGACGAUCUGCUGCGCUACGUGAAGGAAGGCUACCCAGACGUGGAGGAGGUACGCUGUUUGCUGCGUUGUGUUGCCUUCAACCUUCGCUUCUGGAACCACACCACCGGUCUGCAGAAACACAUGGUCGAGGGACACUUCGUGCCGCGUCCGGAUGACUUCCACAACGUGGAGCGCACGGAGGCCUGUCUGGCGGAGAACUUGUACACCUGCGACGAUGAUCUCUGCACGCAAGUGUACAAGGCGUUCCAGUGCUACUACCAGCACUACGGUGCGCUGAGCGAGUGCCCACAGUUCGUGGUCAACACCUACCAUGAGGAUUUGCAGGCCUCUUACGAUCUGAUGGGUAUGAUGGCUCUGACCCAGCACACGCUCCAGAACCUGGCCGGAGGUUGCUUCCCGAGCGGUGAGGAGUCCCUGUGCUUCUUCUACGCAUUUGUGACCCGCACCGGACUGUACACCGUGGAGGAUGGUGCCCAUCUGGAGCAUCUCUACUACCAGUACAACGAGGAGGUAUUCAACCCCAACAAUGCCAAGACUGUCGCCUGUCUGCAGAACCAGAAGAAGCUUGCCUGCAAGAAGAGCGUCUGCAAACAGGCCUACGACACCUUCCAAGCUUGCUUCGCUGAGUCUCAAGGUCUGGAGUAUCUGCUCCACACCGUGUUCGUCGACGCUGCCAAGAACUACCUCGGCCAGCCUGUCUGCUACUGCGUCCAGGGCAAGACUUGCCCAUUGCAUCGUUGCUAAGGAUGCUAAGAAAAAAUUCCUUCCAAGCGUGAUCGAAUGAAUCAAUAAAAAAAUUAUCUCAAACUAAACCUUUAUCAGUGUGUCUGUCUUACUGUAUUAAAAAAAUAUUUUAACUAUAGUAUACAUAAAAUUAUUCCUUCCUAUACGCAUUCUACUUGCAAUGAAUUAUUUUGGUCUUGUAGCCUUGAAGUUUUUGUAAGGUUAUUUCAAAUAUCCUAUAUAAAAAUAUAUUUAUUCUCUCUCUCUCUCUGUCUCUCUUUCUCUCUUUAUCUAUUUCUCUCACUCUCUCUUUGGCUUAACGACCUCUAAGAUCACACCGCACAUUUCUGGCUUAUUAGACUUAUCUUUACCACGUAGACUCCACGAGUACCACGAGUCAGUCCUUGCUACGGGGGACGGCCCAGAUGGGAUUUGAUACACCACCGGGCUGCCUCAACUAUUUUGAAAGAAUACUUCUGGCAAUGUUUGCUAUUAUAUAUUAUUGUUAUCUGAACAAGUCUAUGUAUGUGUGAACGUGAGAUGCGAAUGUCUGAUGAUUUUUUGAAUGUCUAAUAUUUUAUUUGAAAUACUUUAAAAUUCUUUUUCAAACUUUUGGGGCAAUUAGAUGAGCGGGAGUAGCUUGUAGCCCAAGGUUUUCGGAUGAGUUUUACGAUGUAGACUUACUCGGUUCGAGUUCAGAAUGUAAGAGGACGUUUUAUUAUAAUUAGUGAGGACGAGUUCCUUAUGCGCUUGGUUUACGCCCCAGUGUCGGAGGAUUACAAUUCGGGCUACUGUUGAGCAGCUUUCAACUUUCUGUUAUCGAGCAGAUUCCUUAUUACUGCUGUCGAGCAGUUCCCUACAAAGUCACUCAGAAUUGUAAAUAUAAAGUAAUAUAAUAUUAGUAAGGUUAUCUUAUUAGGAUAAGACAGGAAGAAUGAAGAAGAGUCUAAUUAAAUAUAUCAUGAAAUUAAUAUGCAUUUGUAACCUGGAACGAAAACCACCAACAAACAAUGCGUGGAAAUUGUAUGUUUUUUAAUGGUGUUAAGUGUCUAAUUGAAAGAUUGAUAUCUCCAAGAUGUGCCGAAUGCAGUGGUUUCGACUGUUAUCAAUUUAAGCAUG